AAACCUCAGAAACAGAAAAGGUCUUCUCGUUCUUUCUCUCUCUCUCUCUCUCUCUCUCUCUCUCUCUCUCUCUGAGGCUCAGAAUCUCACGGUACUAAGCUCUGAGUUCUUGCUUUUUCUCUUUUGAUUUUACAAUUUAAAAGUCUUGUUAAAGAGAAAGAUGUCAAGUGGAGCAACACACUGGUGUUAUGCAUGCAGACAGCCAAUUGUGCUUGAAGGGAGAGAUGUUGUUUGCCCUUACUGUGAUGGAGGAUUUGUUCAAGAACUUAAUGAGCUGCAAGGAAUUGCACCCCACCAUACCUUUUCAUCACAGUCAGGAGAGUUUCAUCAAAUGCCUGAUUUUUUCGAUGCUAUUCAUGCUUUUGUGGGGCAGAGAGGUUCUGAUCAGAGAUUUGGGCUUAUAGAUGCUGUUGACAACUUCAUGAGGCAUAGAAUGGCUGGAAGACACCCAAACUUUGAUGUUAGAGGAAGGUCUGGUUCUUUACCAGUUCCUGAACAGAGUUGGGGUGUCUUUAGUUCUGGUCCUUAUUUAAUAUUUCAUGGUCAAGUUCCUGGAUUCACCAUGUCAAAUGGCAGCCCGAGAGGUGGUCCUAGGCGUGUUGAUUUUGGUGAAUAUUUUAUGGGUCCUGGACUGGAAGAACUUAUUGAGCAACUUACCAUGAAUGACCGCCGUGGUCCACCACCAGCUGCACGAUCUUCAAUCGAUGCAAUGCCAACUAUUAAGAUCACACAGGCACAUCUUCGCUCGGAUUCACACUGUCCAGUUUGUAAAGAAAAAUUUGAACUAGGUUCUGAAGCCAGAGAGAUGCCAUGCAACCAUAUUUACCAUUCUGAUUGUAUUGUUCCUUGGUUGGUUCAGCAUAACUCAUGUCCUGUUUGCCGUGUUGAGCUGCCACCUCAUGGACAUGUUAGUUCCCGCAGUGGCCGAAGUUGGGGAGGAAGGAAUUCCAACAGCAACAGUAACGAUGGUAGCUCCAGGGGCCAGGAGAAUAGCCAUCAGAACCACGGAAGGAGAAAUCGACUGUCAUUUUUGUGGCCGUUCCGCUCUUCUAGUUCAAACAAUAAUCAUUAUGCUGAGACAGGGGGAAGCAGCUCUUCAACCACUCCUGACCAGAAUAAUGGAACAAGUUAUAGUGGAUGGCCCUUUGAUUACUAAAAGUUUAAUUUCUUCUCCUGGAUAAGUACAAUUUGCUGUCUAAUAAUGCUUGUAAUUUAAAAUGAGAAAGAAAGAGUUUGUUAAGAUUGUAGUUUGAACUUAAUCUCAUGUAAGGAAGAUGGUAGAUAGAAGUUUCUUGAAAUCUUUGUACAUGCAAUUGCUUGGCAAGUUGAAUCCCUUUGAAACUUUCCUCUUUCACCUGUCAUUAUUCAAUUUUAUUGUUUCUUGCUGCUUAGUUAGUUAGUCUGGUUCUUUAGGCCUCGGGAGCUUCACAUGGCAGCAAGCACAAAAUGCUAGAAUUAGGGUAUUGGUUUGUUAGAUCCAACUUUUUAACCAUGGAAGUCUUCUGUAAAUUGAUCAGCUAACAGAUUAAGGUAGCUUCAU